GCCCAGACAGCAGCCAGGCCGCCGUCGCUGCGCCCUGCCCGGCAAAGGCACAGAUUGGCUUGUUUGGCUGCGGGUCCGGGUGCAGUUCGAGAAUCCAGCUUCCAGUCACCGGAUUCCUUGUCGGACCGUGCGGCGCAGUGCGACGCAGUGCGGCGUUCGGACUAGCAGGGACUAGCCACCACUUCCAGGCCGACAGUGACGUGACGGUGCAGCGGCUCGGCCAAAAGAGCGGCCAUUGAUUCGAACCCGUCAUUGUUUACUCCGCGAGCGAGCGCGUGUUCUACUGUAGCCGAAGAUGUGGGAUAACCUGAUAACAAUUAGUGCGUCCCGAAAAUGGGUGAAGGGACGGAUGCACCACGCCCGUCGCAUCCACGCGCGCCUCGCGAGGAACUGUGAAAUGCCGCAAGCGGAGGCUCCCCUGGCCUCGCCAGCCUCGCCAGCCUCGCCAGCCUCGCCCACGGCCAACGGCGGGGCGGACGGCAAGGGCCGCGGGGACGCGGACAACGGCCACAGCGUGGACAGCGGCCUGGACAGCGGCCCCGACAGUGCGCUGGACACGAGCGACACGAGCGACUCCGGCGGCGGCCCUCCCGCCCCGACCGUCAAGGCCGGCACGUCGGACUGGAUCGACGCCACCCUGGUGGCCGAGGCCGUCGGCGCCAAGGCCUGGGAGGUGCGCGACGUGGCCGUCAAGGCGGCCGUGGCGGACGGCGACAACUACUGCUCGUGCAUGUGGCGGGUGCGCGCCAAGGCCGGCGACAGGGACGUCAGCCUCAUCGUCAAGGCGCCGCCGCGCGGCGAGAUGAUGCAGGACUUCGUCGGCAAGCUGGGGCUCUUCACCAGGGAGGCCAACAUGCUGACGGAGACGCUGCCCGCCAUGAAGGCCCUCGCGGUGGCGCGGUGCGGCGCGGACCACGUCCUGGCCCGGCCGCUGGGGCCGCGCGCGCUGCCCUGCUCCGUGCCCGACGUCCUGGUCAUGGAGGACCUGUCCGUGCACGGCUUCAGGAACAAGGAGCGCCAGGGGCAGCUCGACAUGGAGCACUGCAAGGUGGCGCUGGAGGUGCUGGCGCGGUACCACGCGCUGUCCGUGGCGCUGCACCGCCAGGACCCCUCCUGCAUGGACAAGUACGCCGAGAGCCUGUACGUGCUGAGCGGCGUCCCCGAGGACAUGGAAAACGCGCGCCUGCACACGGAACACCAGCUCAGGAAGUUCGCCGACCAGGUGGAGACCUGGGAAAAGACGAAGGGCAAGGGCCUGGGCGAGAAGAUGAAGGGCUUGGCCCAGCACCUCCACCGCGACAUGUGCGAGCUCGUGGCGCCCUCCAAGAACGGCAUCAACGUGCUGAACCACGGCGACUACUGGAUCAACAACAUGAUGUUCCGGUACGAGGGCAAGGAGACCGUCAACCCGCAGGACAUCCGCCUCGUGGACCUGCAGCUCGUGCGCUUCUCCUCGCCCGCCCUCGACCUGCAGUACUUCGUGACGACCAGCGCCCAGGAGGAGGUCCGCGAGCACGAGUUGGACGCGCUGCUGCGCCACUACUACCACCACUUCAACGAGUACGUGACGAUGCUGGGCGAGGGCGACUCGUGCUGGCCGACGUUCGACGCGCUGCGCGAGGAGUUCCUCUCCAAGGCGCUGUUCGGCUUCAACGCGGCCUACGUCAUCCUGUGCGCCGUGGUGGCCAACCCGGAGGACCGGCUGCAGCUGGACAACAUGACCAAGGAGAACAUGGCGGAGGCCGACUUCAGCACGCGGGCGUGGCGCGGCGCCGUGUACCAGCGCCUCAUCCCCAGGGUGCUGGAGUACUUCGACGAGCUCGGCGUCUUCGACUAGUCUUCGUUUAGUCUAGGCCGUGGCGCGCCACCGUCGCCGGGGGUUUGUUAGCGUUGUAGACGACGUUUUCACACUAGUGUCUGAGGGCACCUUUUGAUACCACAACUGGAAGCAAUGCUGAGCGUCACCAAAGCUCGCGACAAAAUUGUGACCAGCUCGUGACGAGUUCAGCUUGUGAAUUCACAAGCUGGUGACAGAUUGAUCAGGUAACAAAAAUUGUUCGCAGACAUUUGUAGUGUGUCUGGACCCGAAAACGCAGGAUGUCUUUGAAGCGAAGCUUUCGGUCGUCGAGGGUGUGUAUUUUUAAAGUGGCACGUCACCGCGCUGCCCCGGCGAGUAAGUCGGCCGCAAAUUGGAGCGCCGAGGUGACAGACCGCCGAGAUAAGAUGAGGCUGGGGGACCGGGAACCUGACCCGGCCGCCAAACCCGGCGUCGUCCCCGGCCUGUCCGCUGGCCGCCGCGGCAUCUCAAAAUGAUCGCCAUCGAUCGACUCAGUUGGGGCUCGCCGAUGCACAGUGGGCCAGAAGACCGGCGGAGGCGGACAAAAUUCUAGACGCGUUUUGAGCUCUAGAGUCGCUAAAUAGG